AUGGCCCCGCCUACUCCUGCCGAGUGGGAUGACGUUCCAAUACUGAAGCCGGAGAGUGCGUUCUUCGAUGUCCAAGCACAGACAAUUAGCAAUGGUAUCGACGAGGAGCUCAAAAAGGAGUCCCAACGACGACGAGAUGCCAGUCGGAAAGAAGUGAAGGUCAUGCUGCUCGGACAGGCUGAGUCAGGAAAAUCCACCCUCCAGAAGCAGUUCCAGCUUUAUUACGCCUCUACCUCGAUCGAGCACGAACGACCAUCCUGGAAGCCAAUUGUACACUUCAAUACCGUCAAAGCGGUACGGUUAAUUCUCGAGGAGCUCGACUAUGACCUCUCGCGACCUAUCAUCGACAGUCCUGACGACAUGCCCCUUCCCGAUCCCCAGAGAGCCCAAGAAGAGAUAAAUCAGCUUCGUUCGCAAUUGCUUCCACUUGUCGCCAUGGAGGAUGCCUUAGCGUCCGAACUUAGCGGCGGUAUCUCUGUCGGUGGAGGACGUGCGGGGGUCUUUGUCCGUGCCGGGUGGCAGGCUCUCGUUACCACCGGCCGCAAUUGGCCUCUUAACGACAUGCGGACCCCCUCAAAGACUCAAGUUGCGGCAAACAUGGCGGCAAAAAUCCUCCACAACCUCCGAAAUGAAAUAAACACCCUUUGGCACCAUCCCGCUGUUGAACGCCUUCUAGCCCUUCGUCACCUCAAACUCGACGAAGCGGGGUCAUUUUUCUUGGACAACCUCAUGCGCAUCACAGAACCUGAUUACAUGCCAAUAAUGGAUGAUAUUCUCAACGUCCGCGUCCAGACACUUGGUGUUAUCGAACACUCCUUCCCAAUCAACAUAGGCGGUACAGUGUAUGAUUGGAAGCUGUAUGAUGUUGGUGGCGCUCUUAUCAUGCGCUGGAAGAGACACGCAUGGGUGCCUUAUUUUGAAGACGCAACUGCCAUCAUCUUCUUGGCCCCCAUAUCGGCGUUCGACCAAUACCUGGAAGAAGACCCACGUACUAACCGUAUCGAUGAUUCUCUCAAGUUGUUCACUGCCGUGUGCUCGAACAAACUUCUGAGGAACACUCAUCUUGUUCUUCUCCUCAACAAGACUGACUUGUUAAGGAAGAAGCUGGAGACUGGCAGUCAGGUUCAGAAAUACAUUGUCAGCUAUGGGAACAGACCCAAUCGUUACGAAGACGUAUCAGAAUACUUCCGAGCCCAUUUCGUCCAGGUACACCGUCGUAAGGACAUCGCGGACCGUCAUCUAUAUUGCCAUUUUACGUCUAUGCUGGAUAUUGCCGCCACACAGAGGAUUAUUGUCAAUGUUGGGGAAGCUAUCAUUAGGCAACAUAUUUCGAGAAUAGGACUAAUGUAA